GGGUAAGAGAAGUGCACGAAAUGUAACGAACCCAAAAUCACAACAACAGUCAUCUUCAUUAGUGUCAGCUAACUUCAAUCUCUCUCUCUCACCUGAAAACCCUAAAGGCCUAAGCUUUCUUCAAUCUCCUUUCCAAUGGCGCGUAAAUCUUCCCUUCUCAAACGAGCAGCAAUCGCCGUCGUCUCCGUCAUCGCAAUCUAUGUAAUUCUCAACGCCUCCGUGAGCCGUUCGCUCCCUUCCUCAUCCGAUCUCCCUCGCCAGCUAAUCCGCGAAGAAGAAGAUGAUGAUCAAGGACGUCGUGCUCCGGUUCAGCCUAAGGUUAGGGUUUACAUGUACAAUCUCCCCAAGAGAUUCACUUACGGUGUCAUCGAGCAGCACUCAAUCGCUCGCGGCGGAGUCAAGAAGCCCGUCGAUGACGUCACCGCGCUCAAGUAUCCGGGUCAUCAACAUAUGCACGAGUGGUAUCUUUUUUCGGAUCUGAACCGACCCGAAGUCGAUCGAUCCGGGUCUCCGAUUGUCCGUGUCUUGGAUCCCGCCGACGCUGAUCUCUUCUACGUCCCGGUGUUCUCUUCCCUCAGCUUAAUUGUGAAUGCGGGUCGACCCGUUGAACCCGGAUCCGGUUACAGCGAUGAGAAGAUGCAGGAAGGGUUGAUGGAGUGGCUUGAGGGCCAAGAGUGGUGGAGGAGGAAUGGUGGCCGAGAUCACGUGAUACCCGCCGGUGAUCCUAAUGCCUUGUAUCGGAUCUUGGACCGGGUUAAGAAUGCGGUUCUGCUCGUGGCGGAUUUCGGGCGGCUGAGGCCUGAUCAAGGAUCGUUCGUCAAGGAUGUGGUGAUACCUUACUCUCAUAGGGUCAAUCUCUUCAAUGGAGAAAUUGGGGUUGAGGCUCGCAACACAUUGCUCUUCUUCAUGGGAAAUCGAUAUCGCAAAGAUGGUGGAAAAGUUCGUGAUUUGCUAUUCCAAGUUCUUGAAAAGGAAGGAGAUGUAACAAUAAAACAUGGAACUCAAUCCAGGGAGAACCGACGAGCUGCUACGAAAGGAAUGCAUACUUCAAAGUUCUGUCUAAAUCCUGCGGGUGAUACCCCAUCCGCCUGCAGACUCUUUGACUCCAUUGUCAGUUUGUGUGUGCCCGUGAUUGUUAGCGAUAGCAUCGAGUUACCUUUUGAAGAUGUUAUAGAUUAUAGAAAGUUUUCGAUUUUUGUUGAGGCAAAUGCAGCUCUGCAGCCCAGAUUUUUGGUUCAGAUGCUGAGGAAGAUAAAAACCAAGAAGAUCCUGGAGUAUCAGAGAGAGAUGAGAUUGGUAACACGGUAUUUUGACUAUGAUAACCCAAAUGGAGCAGUGAAGGAAAUUUGGCGUCAAGUCUCGCAGAAGUUACCGCUCAUCAAGCUAAUGGGUAACCGCGACAGACGCCUCGUCCUAAGAAACUUAACUGAACCAAACUGCUCAUGUCUAUGCACAAACCAAACCGGUCUUAUCACUUCCAUUUAAACAAAUCUCUUUGUCUACUGAAAGAGACCUUUUGGGUUGUGGAGGAGCUUGAAUCUCAACUUCUUGACCACCGAGACUUAUACAAGCAUUAUUCGCCUCCCCUGGCUCAGCUUCUCCGGGUAAGGAAGACAAGAGCAUACGCAUGACAACAGAUUCAUAAGGAAGAAAUGUUUGAAAUCAUUCUUCUUCUGUAGAUUCCAUUAGUUUUCUUGUUCUUGAUAGUGAGUGUCACAUUUUAUACGGACCUAACUGCCAUUCUAUCUUAUUCUGUUACUGUACAUGUCAGAAAAGCGAAAACAUAACACAGCUUGAAUUAGUUCUGCCAACAUAUAGAGAAUAUCAUACUGUAUUUUGUAAA